AUGCUGCGUUCCGCUGCACUCGCCGCCCUCUUGGGCGCCUGCUCCGCUCUGGCGGCCACGUGCUCUCUUACGCAGAAGUGUCCUGAAGAGGCACCUUGCUGUUCCCAGUAUGGCCAGUGUGGUGUCGGCGCCUACUGCCUGGGUGGCUGCGAUCCUCGCAUGUCUUACAGCACCAAAGCCUGUGUCCCCGCACCAGUUUGCAAGGACAAGACUACCAAGUUCACAAACCUCGAUAGCGUCAUCGACAUCAGCAAAUACCGUGGAGACGCUAGCAAGAAGGACUGGGUAUCCCAGGGGGAGCCUGCUUACAUGGACGGAAAUGUUCUGCUGACCAUGCCCAAGAAUAGCGUUGGAACUGUUCUGGCCUCCACCACCUACAUGUGGUAUGGCAACGUCAAGGCCAGGUUCAAGACCGGCCGUGGCCAGGGUGUCGUGACCGCCUUCAUCCUGCUCUCCGACGUCAAGGACGAAAUCGACUAUGAAGUUGUCGGUGUCGACCUCGGAACUGCCCAGACCAACUAUUACUUCCAGGGUAUUCCCGACUACCACAACUCUGGAAACAUUAGCUUGUCUGAUACCUUCCACAACUAUCACGACUACGAAAUCCGCUGGACUCCCGACAGAAUUGACUGGCUCGUUGACGGCCAGGUGGGCCGAUCCAAACUGCGCAAGGACACCUGGAACGAGACGUCGCAAAGCUGGAUGUUCCCGCAGACUCCGAGCCGUGUCCAGCUGUCCAUUUGGCCGGGCGGCGCUUCUACCAAUGCCAAGGGAACCGUCGACUGGGCCGGUGGUCCUAUCGACUGGAACGCUGAAGACGUCAAGAAUGUCGGUUAUUUCUAUGCCACUUUCUCCGAGGUCACCAUGGAGUGCUACGAUGCCAAGAGCGCUCCGGGCACCAACGACAAGAAGAGCUACAUCUACGACAGCGUUGCAGGAACCAACAACACCGUCGUUGAUGGAGACGACGACACCGUCCUUGGGUCGCUCGAGGGUACCGGAUUGAACAUGAUGAAGGACAAGUCUUCUGCUUCGCAGAGCGCCGGCAAGCCCAAGAACACGGCGGCAUCCAUCCCCGGCGGCGGCACUAGCGGCACUGGCCAAGACCACAGUAACGAUAGCGGCAGCAACUCUGGUGGCAAAUCGGGCGGCCCGAGCGGCAAUUCAGGAUCCGGUGGCUCAGCUGGCAGUGGCGGCAGCGGCGGCGGCGGCAGCAGCAGCAGCGGCUGCGAUUCCAAGACUUUCAAUCAGGAUUGUGGCAGUGGCAACAGCGAGCAGCGUGGCAAUGGCAAGAACAGCGGUACCAGGGCGAGCGCUAGUGCGUUGGCCAUGAUCAUUGCUGGAUGUGCCCUUUUCUGGCUGUAA